UAAUAUUUUUAUUACAUGUAUACCCUAGCCGCAGCCCUUCUUCUUCUCACGACAUCUCAUCUCAUUUUCUGCCUAACUUCUUUCUCUCCCAGAUCGACACCGGCGGAACUCCUCCAUGUCCCAAUCGACACCUCAGAAUCCUCAUCCCUUGCUCGCUCCAAGUCCUUGGGCUGUUGAACAGAAUCCAACCACACCGGAAUGGAUGUGUUAUAAUUGAGAGUAAUUCUAUUUUGUGUGUCAACAUUUCAUGUGGCUUUCGAAAAUUUGUUUUUGUGUUUGUUUUCAAGAUGCCUCGUGUUGAAAAAGCAACUAGAAGGAAAUGGACUAUACAAGAAGACCAAACUCUUAUUGCUUGCAUGGUCGAAUUGUAUAGCGGUGGCACACAUAAUGGAAAAAAAGGAGGAUUUGAAGCAGGAUAUUUAAGCGUGCUAGCAAAAAUGAUGUCUGAAAAGUUACCUCAUUCUCACUUGGAUGACAAACCACACAUUGAAUCUCGUAUAAGAACACUCAAACAAGUUUGGCAAGAGUUUUAUGACUUAUUAAAUGGCCGCACUGCUUCAUUAAGUGGAUUUGGAUGGGAUUCUACAACAAAAAUGGUUACCGCUUCUAAUGAAGUCUGGAAAGCUCUUGAUGAGAGUAAACCCAAGGUUGCAGCACUAAGGCGAAAGAGUUUGUGGUAUUAUGAAGACUUUUGUACUAUUUACUCGGAGGAUCGUGCUACUGGAGCUACAGGGAUGGAGUGUGAAGAUAUGGUUGAAGAUACAGAGUUGGACUCAAUAUUUGAAUCAGAACACGUGGAAGAAGUAAAUGACUCCUCCAUGACUGGUAUUGCUAAUAACAAUCCAUCAAAGAGAGUUGCGGCCUCUGCUGCCAAUAACCGUGGGAAGAAGAAGUGCAAGAGCAGUUCAAGCAUUGAUAAUUUUUCAUCUUUUGUAGAGGCUGCUUCUAUUAGACUUGAAAGGGCGGGAUUGGAGAUGUCGAGGGUGGAUACGGAUAUCGCUGAUAAGACAUCACGCCUCCCAAGUGCUUUAGAUCAACUUGAAGGCAUGACUUAUAUGAUGAAAUAUAAGCUUAUGGAGAAAAUGGGAAAAAACCAAAGUGAGCUCUUGUACUUUUAUGCUUUGGCAGAUGAAGAAAAGAUGAGCUGGUGCAAGUGGUAUUUAGGCGACAAUUCAUGAUACAUUAUCGCAAUGAAUAUUUUGAAUUUCUCUGAAGUUCUUA